AUAAGCAGUGCUCGAUUGUUUACACUGCCACAUUGCCGAAGGAAACAACGAUGGUAAAGUGUGUGUCCAGAGGAUUGGUCCACCAAUACAUUGCUGGCGCAUCAGCAUGUCUAAGCGUCGUGAACUCCGCCGCUUGUUACGGAUGGGUCACGCCUAUCCUGGACCACUUACUGGGACCUGACAGUGUGAUCCCUAUGACUCCAGAAGAAUCAUCUCUGGCGAUCUCUAUUUCCGAAAUUCCAGGUCUAAUAGUCCCAGUACCUAUUGGGUUCUUGGCCAACUACAUUGGCCGCAAACCCGUCCUCUUGGCCUCUGGGCCUCUCUUCAUCAUCAGCUGGCUCAUGAUCGUCCUCUGGCCAUCGAUGGCAAUGCUCAUGGCUGCUCGGAUCAUUCAAGGCAUCGCUGUCAGUCUGGCGUUCACAGCAGCACCAGUCUACUUGGGCGAAAUUGCGAGUGACUCUUUCAGGGGAAACAUAACAAGUAUAUUCUUCAACUGUUGGUGGCUCGGAUAUCUUUUAGAAUAUGCGGUUGGUCCUUACCUUAGUUUUUUCCCCUACACGUACUUUACACUUGCCUUAAACGUGCCUUUCCUAAUUUUAUUUGUUUGGCAACCCGAUAGCCCGUAUUAUUACAUGAUGCAGGGCAACGAAAAAAAGGCGUUGGAGUCAUUACAGUGGUUUAGAGACUCUACUCCUGAAAAGCUUCAAGAGGAACUGGAAAGGAUAAAAUUGAGUGUUGAAGAUCUCAAGAAGACCCCCAGUAUGUGGGACAUUGUGGCUACUCCAGAAGACAGGAAAGCACUUCUAUUGCUGAUGCUUAUGACCGCUAUUAGACUCUUAAGUGGGGCUGGCUCACUUUUAGUUUAUGCCACUGAUAUAUUUGACCGCACUCCCAAUUUUUUCAUAUCCCCUGACAAUGCUACUAUAGUCCUCGGUUCAGUUAUGUUGAUUGGAGGCUGCUUGAGUUCUUUUACUUCUGACUCCCUCGGACGGAGACCUCUUUUAAUGAUAUCUUGUGUGGGUUCUUUCAUUUGCCAAUUAUGUACAGGAAUUUAUUUUUAUUUGUUGUUCUAUACUUCUUGGGAUGUUUCCGACUACAGUUGGAUAGCUGUGGUUCUAAUUAUACUUUAUUCUGGAUUAUGUUCGUUUGGGAUGUUUCCAGUCAGUGCUGCGUACACGUCAGAACUGUUUACUUCCAAUACCAGAGGCAUAGCUGCUAGUCUCACUACCAUUAAUGCUAAUGGAGUGUCAUUCAUUGCUCUUGUGGCGUACCAACCGACUACUGACUUUUUGGGUCUGUAUGCCAAUUUUAUUAUUUAUGCAGCGAUUGUUUUUGUUGGAGGCAUAUACUUUUAUUUUGCGGCACCAGAAACAAAAGGUAAAUCCUUUCUUGAAAUUAGAAGAGAAAUGAGAUCAAAUGCAACUUAACUUGUAGAUGUAGUGAUAACAAUUACGUAUCGUUAUUACGGAUUAAUUGUGAUUAUCGGAUGACAUGGUAAUGCAGUAAGAAAUACUAUUAUCACACCAGUAUAAUAGAAGGGACGUCUAACUUGGCUAACAUGCAAAUCAUACCAAAGAAAGAAUGUGUGUUGGUGUUGUCAAAAUACAAGGAUAGAAAAGGGCUUAAAAUAGAGCAUGAUAAAAUGUGUUAACUUGUAAACAUUUCAUUGCGUAAGGUUCAAUAAUUUGCCUUCAAUAAGUCCAGAAGAGCUAGUGAUAAAUAUGUCACAAUCUAAUUUGUAACAUAAUUGAUAUAUCAUUGAAGGAGGAGCUUUUCUUAUUGGAAAACACUAUUUUAUAUUAUAGUGGAUUCACGUCUGAUGAUGGCAUCUUUGAUGUCGAAAGGCCUCGUGUAUAGAAAUAAAAUUAUUGGAUAAUUAUGACUUUUCUUUCAUCAAAUAAUAGAAAAUAAUUUAUAUAGUUGAAUUAUCCAUGGCAAUACAUGAUUUGUGAUUUCGCAAUGACACACAACCCUCUGGAACGAACUAUUCCUGCAAACUUCCACAACUAAUCAUUUACGCAUGCAAAACACUUCAUUUUGAACACAUUUUUCGAGAAAUAUGGAAUUCUAAAGGUAGUUUUAAAUGUUUUAAAAAUCCCAUGUGACGAAACUAUUUGAUAAUUAAUUAAUAAAUUAAUUAAAAUCCUAACAUUAUAAAUAUAUAUUUAGAGAAAAAAUAACUAAGAUGUGAAAUCAACGCAUAAACAACAAUCCAAAGUGAGCUCUCGUGAAAAUCUUAAUUAGAAUUGUAGAAAUUAUUUAUUUAUUUUUCAAUUUUACAUGACAGCUACAGGACAUGAUAUAGCACAAACAAAGUACAAAACCUUCAAUUAUUCCCAAAACAGCCAUCCUAACUAAAAUUAAUGU